CCCAAAGCCCUAAUACUGUACGAAGAAAAAUACACAAAUUUACUUUCGUUUUUCUUCUUCUUUCUAAUCUCAAUGUUGAGAGUUUAGCUGCGUAGAUUUGGUUUGGGGCUACACUCUCUCAGUCUCAGAGUCGUUAGAAGUUUCCAUCAAUGGGUGAUUUGGCCGUAAAUCUCUCUGCUCCACCUCCUGAAACCCUAGAAUCGGCUGCUAUAGCUGCUACUGCAGAUGUUCCAACUGCCUUGAAUGGCCUCACGCACAGUGGUACGGGUAGUGGUAAUGGUACUGAUUGGGAUUACUCUGUCUGUGGUGGUGAGGAAGAGGAAGAGUCGCGUAUAGUGCUUGGGAAUAGUAACAGCGACCAAGAUGCAGAAGAAGAGGAAAUAAAUAGAUUUUGCCUAAUUUCAGAAGAUGUAGUAGAGCAAAUUUUAUUGAGGUUAGAUGCUGAGUGUCUAAGAGUUUGCAAGUGUGUUUGUAAGCAUUGGUUUCAUCUGAUUAAUGACCCCUCAUUCGUAAACAAACACCUAUUGCGCAAUUGUAAUGCCAAGGGGUUCACCUAUCUCAAGUGGUUUCGUCCAGAAAUGCCAUUACCAGUCGAGUUCUAUAACUGUUGGCGUGGCCCGGUGGAGUACAAUAGCUCUGAACCAAUUCUGUCACUAGUUACUAUUUAUGAGGGCAAUGGUAAUAACAACAAUGAGGACUUUCAUUGUGUUAUUGAACCGAUGAAUAUUCUGCCAAAACUGGAAGACCUCACUUCGGGGACUGUUGCUACGGGAACCUGCCCCCCUUUCCGUAAGUACCACUUGGUAGCCACCCAUUGUAAUGGCAUCAUUCACAUGUUUGGCCAAUUCGAAAACUUAUCAUCUGUUUUGUUUAACCCGGCACUUAGGGAGUAUAAGUUACUCCGGGGACCCGCCCUUCCCUUUUCGUCUAACUUGGAAAGUUGUGUGGGAUGUGGGUUUGGGUACGAUCCCAAAUCUAAUACUUACAAGUAUGUUAAAAUUUUUGUUUACAAAGAUUAUAGGGACCCUGUAGCUAUGGUGCACACUCUAGGAACUAAUUCUUCCAGUUGGAGAAAGAUUGAGUUCGAUGUAGAAAAGAAUUCCUGUUCUAUAACUAAUGAGAUCCCUGGCAUUUAUUGUAAAGGUGCUUACUACUGGCAUUGCUUUACAAAAAAUGGACUUGGGAUUCUUUCUUUUGAUAUGUCUAAUGAGUCAUUUCGCACCAUACCAAUUCCACAUGAUGUCCAGCGAAAUAGUGAAAAGGAAAAAUAUAUAACAAGAUUGGGAGUGUGGAAUGAAUCAUUUGCCCUUUUCUGCUCAACUGGACCCAAGAGGAACUCUACCUGUUACCAGUUGUGGGUGAUGGUUGAUAGUGUUGGUGGCGUUGAUGAAGAUUCUGCCACCCGUUGGAUAAAACGUCUCAAAUUUGGGCCACUACCACGCUCACUGCAACCCAUAAACUUUUGGAAAGAUGACGAGCUCUUAUUGGAUAAUUUUCAAGUAAGAGAAGGUGAAUUAUUGUCCUACAAUAUUUAUAACAAGCAGCUUAGGAGAGUUCCUUUUCCUGGAAAAGUGGCUUACUACUGUUAUGUUACUCCAUGUUUUAAGAGUAUAGUUUCAGUCUAGAGAGUUAAUGUAGCUAACUCGUAUAUUUAAGACUUUUCUUGUUAUUUUGUGUUCGAGGAUGAUGAUAUUAGGAAGAAAUGUUUUUUAAGUGGUAUUAUGGCUACCUGGUUUUGUAUAAACUCUUCAAGGAAGUGGUGGCAUUGCAAAUUGAAGUUGGGAGAUAUUUGUGGAGUUCGAAUGAUGAUGUUUUGUUUCCCUUGUUC